GUUGUGGGUGCAGCUGGCUACGGUAAGACGCCUGGGUGCAACUAUCAUGGCUCAGUUGGACCUGUGACUGACCUAGCAGACAGGAAACGAGGAACUGGUAUCCUGGAUGCUAGCAGGUAACGAGGACUGUUCAUCUUGGAUGAAAGUACCUGUGGACACAUCUGGGAGGCGAGUUUCAGAAUUCGCCUGUCCGGUUCCGGUGCACACAGGCGCCACUACCUUCGGGACAGAUGUAGUCCUAGGCCUGAGGAAGAAGAUGGGAGAGGGACAUCUCCUUCUCUACCUCGACAAGAAACUACAUAUUAAUAUGUUAGCAGAUGACACACCUGAGCCGAAGUGUUUUGUGAACAGGUGGGUACCCCAGCAGUCGCCACGGUAUUCGGAUAACCACAGCCGACUGGUGCUCACCCGUGACCACUCACUUGGUUGGCACAGCAGUGUUGCGGGAGGGAACAGCUUCCUUUUCAGAAGGAACCCGGGUCUCCCGCAGUGCAUAUCACCCCAAGGCCAGCCUGUGGCAGAAGUGGGUUGCGUCAGGAGGAAAAUUGCAGUCCCCUCCAAUGCAACCACCUUCGGGGAGGUGUAACUGCGUACACACAGAGAUGGACACGGUUCAACCAUUUU